GCCCGAGCCGUAAAUAAGGCUCAACAACAGCUUAGACCCGAGUCGUAUUUUCUUGAAUUUUUUAAAUCGCCGGCUCUGCUGAUUUAGUGAGAGUGGUGAUCUAUCUGUACGUUUAAGAAAAAUAAUUAUCCCUAAACAAUGAGCAUUCAACAUAUUUAUUAAAUAUUCUAUUUACUGUAAUUCUAAUCAGCAUUAGUAUACCCUUAAUUGAGCUAAUUCCAAAUUAUUUCUGUGAUAACAAUAAAUUUUCUUUUUUCAACGUAGACUGAUUAAUUUCAGAUUAGUAUGGAGGAACCGGAGAGAAGUAAAAAGAAAAAGGAGAAGACAAUUGACGAAGAAAUACCGUCCGCCCCAGUUUUGGCGGAUUUUAUUCAGAGUCCCGAAGAUUUGAAACUGGUAGAGAUCAAUACUAAAGAUCAUACCAAAUUAGUUAUCCGUGAUGAAAGUGUUAAUAUCAAAACAGAUUUAACUACUGAUGAUCAUAGAACAAUUGAAGCAGUUGUCACAGAUGCUGGAGCUGUUAGCAGUGAACCAGCUGUUGAAUCUGAAAAUGAAUCACAAUCUGUUCAAGCUGUCAAGGCUGUAGCGGAUGAUCGAUCUUCAUAUUCUGACUUAAACACAAACCUACAUCGAAUGGAGCCACAUUUAUUUCUAAAUAAGGAACUUGAAGGGAUGAGAUUAAACGAGGAAUAUAAAGAAUUAGCUCCUUCUGCUCCCUCAACUCCUUCAGUUCCAGUUUUUGAUUCAAUAUCAGCAACAGCUCCAAGUAUUGAUCAGUAUUCAGCGUCUGCACCUCCAUCAAGCGCCAGUGUUCCCGCUUAUGAAAUCAAUCAAUCUCCAAGUGCUCCAAUAUGUUCUCCUAGUGCUCCACAAUUUGAUGAGGGAGAGGAAGGCGGCUCCACAAAAUGCAGUAUAGAGGAUUAUUACAUGGAGCAUCAAGGUGAACUUAGUUUACAAUAA